AUGGAGGAAAGCGGGGAGCCCCAUACGGAGGCUUCCGCAGAUCGUGGGUCAUGGAUGAAGCGUCGCUUACGGGAGCAACGGGCCCAGCAAAAGGAUUCACAACACGUUCACAACAUAGCAGAUGAACGUGCAAAGGCUCUUUUGGAAUAUCGUGCUCGGUGCACUUCCGCGCGUUUCUGGAUCCAGAGCGAGCUGCUAGAUCUGCGUGUUGGCGGUUUUUCCCAUUCAAGCGGAGCCGCAUGCAGUGACAAUUUUCAGUCAAACCCCCAAACAGGGGCCGCUACUUCUCAUGGAGAAAACCCCUCAUGCUUAAACCCAGGAGUGGUUGGAGACCUUCCCGACCUCAUUCGGCAGUACCUCACCUGUCCCUUGCUUUCUAAGCUAUUACAGCAAGACCCUAUUCUAAGCGGCAAGUUAGCCACCCUGGAUCGCGUGCUGUGGCAGCGACGAUCGAAACACGAGACGCAUACUCCUGGAUGGAUGAGUCAUGAACCCCUCUGUCCGGAAUGCUGUUCCUUUGGAGUGCCCCACGGGCCCUCAGAGGCCCCUAGUGCAGUUGUUGUGCCUGUGGCACCUGGGAGCGUGAACAAUCACGGCACCUCACGAACGAGUACAAUGGAUUCUGUUGUAGGCAAUGAGGGUUCGGCUGCUGCUAUUCGGCCAAAGAGGGCAGUAGAAGACGAAAGCAGGCCCGUCACCGCAUGGGUGUCGUGCCAGCAAUGCAUGGAGCACUUUGCCUACAUUGUCGCUUCCCUUCUUGUUUUCCUGAAACCGUCGGAGCUCAGGGACCUUGCCGUUGAGAGGCAAGAGUCGCAGUGUUGUGGCUUCAUCUUCUGCGGCAGAAAAAACAUCCGGACUCCGGAGAAGCGGCGCACAGCGCUGUGGCGAUGGACUCUAGAUUUCGGGGGUAGCAAGGCGCUCUCAGAGGAGGAGCUUGUUCAAUUCUGUUGCAGCCGCUGUUGUAACCGCCAGCAGCAGCUGCUGCGCCUCCUGGACGAAGAGCCAAUGUACACCCGCCCGGGAAUCAAGGAGUGGAUUGGUGACGCUUUGCAGCGAAAGGCAGCGUACCGUCCCCAUCCACACGGCUUUCCAGAGGGAGUCCCUAAGACAGAAGCUUCCUCACGAGUGCAAGAGAAGCAACCAGGAGAAUCCGGGUCUCCUGACUCUGCUUCAGUUUUAGAAAUAUCAGAAAGGAGGGGAGUGAGGCCGGCUUUGGAAAUGAACGAGUUACUGAAUGAUACGGCAGAGAGACUAAUGGAACCCAUAGUGGAGAAGCGGGUGCCGUGUGUUUCCUUCUCUACUGAGUCGUCUAGCGCGGAGCUCACUAAGCUCGACGACAGAGAAGAGGCUGAUGGUACUAAAGUGCCUGUAACUGUUGAGGACGAUAGCAGUGCAGACGAGGCGCCAACCAGAGGCACUAAAAAUCAAGACGGCCAAAGCGUUUGCUUAGUAGAGGGGAGGAGUAGCCUGGCUCGGCAGGCUGCGGUUCCCUUAACUGACAAACGAGGCGGGGCCGUCGGCAGCAGUAGUAUCCUCUUGCUGGACUACAACUCCGCUUCAGGCACUGGCGAACCCGCCAGGACGGUUGCUCCAACAGCCAACACCACAGCACUCCAGCAGCCCCAGGUGGCGUGCGAAGCGGUGACCGCGAAAGCGGAGUCGCCAGCCGCUCCUGAGAAGGCUGCGUCAUCAUCUCCAAUCCGAAAGUUUCUUCAAUGCCCGAAUAAAACUGAGGGGAAUCCAGCAGAAGAAAAACAGCAAGAAGAACGUGGAGAGCCAAGCCUACCCCACGCUGCAGGGCUAAACUCUCAAACAGAACCACCAGUCAAGUCGCGUGGAUCCCGCGUUCGUUUUGCAGAUGAUGAUGAGGAAGACGGUGCAGACGGGGAUGGAGAUGGGGACUCGGGAGCGUCUGUUUUCAAACAUUUCUUCAACUUGCAUGACGACGAUGAUGGACCGGGGUUCUAUAAUCGCUUUGACCGUCAGGCAGUAACAGGUAGUACACAUGCUGCAGGAAGCCAGCUGCGAAACGGUACUGUAGAGCUAAGGAGCAUUCUCAAGCCUUCUACCGAACCUGUUGACCCAUCCCCGCCACCUACCAGUUCCACUACUGAGGCUCAGGUAGGCUACAUGCGGCUCUCGGAUGUGGUCAUUGCAUUUGAUCUUUUGUCUUCUUGUUGCACGGACGCGUCUGCCAAAUUCCUUGCUGGUUACCACCGACGGUACUGCACUUGCUUGUGCGAGGGAGCCACUCCAGCGUCGGGUGAGACCAGCUUUCGAUGUUCUGAGAGCGGCGAGUCACCUAAGCGAGAGAUGGUUGCGGAGGAGGAUGAGUCGAGAAGCUUUCAUUUGAGGAAGGCCAGUGAAGCGGACGAGUCAGAUAAUGUCGCAUGCGUAGAUGGAGAAUCUGGAGAUGACAUUGAGCCGACAGAUUUAUGGAAGAGAAGGCAGCAGCAACUGCUAAAAGCAAUAUUAAGGAGCUUGCCGCCUUCUGCAGACAGUUUCAUUCCACUCAUCACGGAGCUGUGCGAAACUCUGCAGCCGCUUCAGGUUGCCGUCCUUGGAGCAACAGCCAUAGUCGUCAUUCUCAUUGCCAACGACGCCCGCCCCCAACCUGUGGCCAUGCCAAAGGGGAAGGGCAGGAGCCUACGGAUGCAGCAGCGUCAUUUUACUUCGACGACGCACUGA